AAUUAACUAAAAUUUACUCUAGUAAAUACUAAAGCAGGCGUGUGUGUGUGUGUGCGCGCGCGUGUGUGUCCAAGGUGUGUUGGUAUCUUUAUUGCGCCCGCGUCGAGUGCGCGUUUCCGCGCAGCCAACGCGCACACACACCCCCUCCAUACACACACACACACACGCACGCACACACACACACACACACACACACACCAUGAUCACACGCGUGAGAUCGGCGGUCUCCAGCAUCAUCGGCGGCAUCAUGGCCUCGAGCUCCGGUGGUGAGGAGAGUCUCGCCGAUCUGCCUCUCCGGUUUCCGUACAGCAGGCCGGAUUUCCUCGCGCUGUCGCCGGAUGAGGUUGAAUGCUCGGCGGAUCACAUCUCAAGACCCAUCGUCAUCCUGAAGGACACGAAGCUGCCCUGGACCACCGGAUACGCCGAAGUGAUCAAUGCGGGUAAAAGUGCAUUGAAUGAAGACCAGGCAUGUUGUGAAGUGGUGGAGCUCAGAAAAAGACCUGCAGACCCAUCAAGCCCCAAUUACACUCCAACCAGCAAGAGGCGCUCUUCCCUGCCCGGUGCUGAUAUACUGGAGACCGUCGAGAACGCAGAGCUCAAAGAGCUGAACUUCCACUACUGGGGUCUGUUCGACGGUCACGGAGGUUUCGGCGCUGCUAUUUUUGCUUCCAAAUUCCUCCACCUUCACAUCGAGGAACAGCUUCAAGAGGUGCUGGAAAUCUUGCAGAACCCAUCACUACAACCACCCACCUGUCUGGGAGAGGAGACCACCUUACAUCACCUUCACCCCGCUGCCGCCUGCUCUCAGCGAGGCCUGUCUAGGGCCGCAUCUCUCCGUGGGGCCGCCGGGGCCCCGGGGUCUCCAAACACCAUGGCUCCACGCUUCUUCAUGGAGAAGAAAAUUAAACAGGAGAGUCUGGUGGUGGGAGCUAUUGAGAACGCAUUUAAAGAGAUGGACGUACAUAUAGGUCGAGAGAGAUCUGUGUACUCGAUCUCAGGUGGAUGUACAGCUCUUGUAGUGAUGCAUUUACUGGAGAAACUGUAUGUGGCCAAUGCUGGGGACAGCAGGGCUCUCAUCAUACGUGGUGGAGAGAUUAUUCCCAUGUCCAACUCUUUUACUCCGGAGUCGGAACGUCAGAGACUUCAGUUCCUGGCUCAUCUUCAGCCGUCUCUGUUAGGAAAUGACUUCACACACUUGGAGUUCCCUCGAAGAGUCACGAAGAAAGAAGUUGGGAAGAGGAUGUUAUACAGAGACUUCACUAUGAACGGAUGGGCAUAUAAAACAGUCCAGGAAGACGAUCUGAAGUUUCCACUCAUAUAUGGAGAAGGAAAAAAGGCUCGGGUUCUGGCCACUAUCGGCAUCACUCGCGGUCUCGGUGAUCACGAUCUGAAGGUUCACGACUCGGACAUCUUCAUCAAACCGUUCCUCUCCUGUUCUCCAGAGGUGAAGGUCUAUAACCUCUCUCAGUAUGAACAUGGCGCUGAUGAUGUCAUGGUCCUGGCUACAGAUGGCCUUUGGGAUGUUCUCUCCAAUCAAGAAGUGGCAGAGGCCGUCUCUGGUUUCCUUGGAAACUGUGACCCUGAUGACCAACACAGGUACACUAUGGCAGCGCAAGACCUUAUCAUGAAGGCCAGGGGUGUCUUGAGAGACCGAGGUUGGAGAAUAGCUGGAGACAGACUGGGGUCUGGAGACGACAUCUCGGUCUUCAUAAUCCCUCUGAUGCACAGCAAUAAGCAAACCCAACUGAGCUGACCAAUCACGAAGCCAAAUCUGUUCAUUCCCAACCUUUACAGAGUCACACAGCGAUCUGCUGGAUUGAAGAGAUACUGCUGUGCGUUUGACCUCAGUUAAUGAUCUUGACUUUUAAGACCUGGUUAAAGUGAACAGCUGCUCUGAAGACCCACAGCAAUAUUUCAAACCUCUCUCUCUGUGUGUCUGUGGGAUUUUGGUAUACAGUUUAAGUUAUAAGUUUGCACAAUGUCUCCAUGAGGCUCUGCUGGUUCUUUGAAGUUCUCUGUGGACAGAUGUGAACCCUCCACAGAUUGUUUAUUCACAGAAAACUCAUUUGGCAGCUAGGCGGAACCGGCCAUGUUUUGUUUUGCGUUCAGGAUAUUCAUUUAUCUUCUCCAUUUUGUGUUUGGUAAAAAUCAAAGCAACUCUUGCUGUAACUUGUAUAUCCUGACUGGAUUACUCUUUAAGAUAAUGGACAGACGUUUUUGACGAUUUUGCUCUUGGGAUCCAUCGAGAGUCAAGUUUAGGCCCAACAUUGUUAAAUACAUUCAAAUCAUUUAAGGAAAAUUUUCAUUUGCUGUGUAAUGUACCGUACGAUUUUUAUUUUUAAAGCAGUGAAACUAUAUUUUAAUCUUAGAUGUUCAUGGUUAUUAAGUUAGGAAUAUCCAAGAAUGAUUUCUGUGCCUCCUUCAGGAUGUUUUUUAGUAAAUGACUGCUUUGAUUUUUAUACACAUGAACUCCUACCUGCAAUCUGUUCUCCAGAGCUCCUGUGUGGAGGUCCGAUGAGCUCUGAUCUACGUGCAUCAUGUUCACAGUAUCAUCUUCCUCUUCUACAGCACAAACCCGCUGUGAUCGUCUGAGGAGAUUCACAUCUAUACACACAAACUCCUCAUGAGCGGCCAUCUGCUCACCACAACACCAGAGUCAUUUGGCUGGAGAUGUGAGUGUGUAUGUGUGUGUUGUGGGUGGACCAAACUGCAAGGCCAUAGCAUGCGUACUAAAGAAGAGCUGUCUGGGUAGUGCACAAACACACACACGAAAUGAUUCAUAAACUCCUUGUGUAGCUCCAUUAAUGUUGAAUAAUGUCUCAUUAAAGAAAAUAAGAAAUGAAA